AUGGAAAUUGCCUCUACAUCUAAAUACUUCUCAGAUUCAAACACGGAAGAGCAAAGUGGGAACGAUUUGCAAAGUGACAAGCAAUUAUAUAACAGGCGUACUAAAAUGACAAGUAAUGACAUUAACAAACAUAAAAAAUUUAAAUUUCAUAAUACGAGGAUGCUUCAGGAACUCAGAGAUAUGUGGAUAAAUAAACAAUUCUGUGAUACCACCAUAAAAGUUGAUAAGAAAACAUAUUUGGCACAUAGAAUAGUAUUAGCUAGUAAAAGUGAAUAUUUUCGAGGACUUUUUAAUACGACAUACAAUCAGAAUCAAGAUAAAGCAAAUAGCAUUUACGUAAUUGACAUAUCUUCGAACAAUCUAGAAAAAUUAUUGAACUUUUGUUACACGGGUAAAUUUGACAUAAACUCACAAAAUGUUCAAGAGACUUAUGUAUUGGCAGACAAAUAUGGGUUUUUAAGUUUGCUUAAAUUUUGUAUAAAUUAUCUAGUCAAUCAUUUGGAUAUAGAAAAUUGCAUCAGCGUUUUACAUUUUGCCAAACAAUACAAUUGCAAAAUUCUUGAAGAUGCUGCUCAAUCAUUUAUUUGGAAAAAUUUUCAAAGUAUCAGUGAAAAAAGUUCGGAGUUUUUAAUUCUAAAUCCCUCGAGUUUAACCAAUCUGCUUAAAUCCGAAGAAUUAAAUGUAAGGAGUGAAGAAAAAGCUUUUGAAGCAGUAGUGAAAUGGGUUGACCAUGAUCCUCUAAAAAGAAAGAAUUAUAUAUUACCUUUAAUUCAAAGCAUUCGAUUAGGAUUGAUAGAUACAAAUUAUUUUGUUGAGAAAGUGAAAUCCUGUAAAUAUAUAAAAGAUACGCCAGCAUGUCGUCCCUUGGUAAGGGACACUAUCAAAUUUUUAUACGAUCUAAGGAGCAUAUCAGAAAACAGAGAGAGCCGAACUUCAACGACUGGCUCUAAGCUACAAAAAUUAGGUAAAUUCGGCAAAAAUAGGACAAAAUCAUCCGAGGAAAAAAAAUUGAGAACUAUAAACAUAACCGAUUCCGAAGAGAAUAUCAACGAAAAAGAUUACGAUAGCCACAAUUUAGGCUCAAUCAUCGGCUUUGCAAAGGAUAAGGUUAAUAUCAAGUCAAAUAGCGAAAUUGAUCUGGCUAAUGCUCUAGCUAAACCCAGAUUGCCUCACGAAAUCAUGUUUGUAAUAGGUGGUUGGAGUGGGGGAAGCCCUACUAAUAUAGUGGAAACAUAUGAUACAAGAGCUGAUAGAUGGGUAAAAUGCACUCAUUUAGAACCAAAAGAACCUAGAGCGUAUCACGGUUUAAUAACCCUGAACAAUAAAAUAUAUAUGAUAGGUGGUUUCAAUGGAGAUGAAUAUUUUAAUACUUGUAAGGUAUUAGACCCUUCUUUGUCAACAAGCAUUAUAACCGAUGUGAACAAGGAUAAAUGGAUAGAAAUAGCACCCAUGAACUCUCCACGGUGUUAUGUGAGUGUAGCAGUUCUUAAUGGUUUUAUAUAUGCCAUGGGUGGAUUUGACGGUCACGCUAGACUCAAUACAACUGAGCGGUACGAUCCAAAAUGCAAUCAAUGGUCUCCAUUAUUACCUAUGAACCAUCAAAGAAGCGAUGCUAGCGCUACAACACUUGACAAUAAGAUUUACAUAGCAGGGGGGUUUAAUGGGCAAGAAUGUAUGUCGUCCGCCGAAUAUUAUGAUCCUACUUGUAAUGUUUGGGUAAUAAUAGCUUAUAUGAAAGUUCGAAGAAGUGGAGUAGGAGUGUUAUCCCUUAAUAAUAAGAUAUACGCCUUAGGAGGAUUUAAUGGUAUUUCGCGUAUGUCUUCAGUUGAAAGAUAUGACCCAAAAACUAGUCAAUGGGAAAUCGUUCCGGAUAUGAACCAUCCAAGAAGCAAUUUUGCUUGCGAAGUAAUCGACGAUAUGAUUUUCGUGGUAGGAGGAUUUAAUGGAGUUUCAACCAUUUUUCAUGUUGAGUGUUAUAACGAUAUUAUGAAUGAAUGGUUUGAGGCCACCGACAUGAAUCUUUACAGAAGCGCCUUGAGUGCUUGCGUUGUGUCAGAUUUACCCAACAGAAAUGAAUUUAUUCACAAAAAUAGGAGUAAUCUUCUGGAAGAGAAACGUCAAAGAAUGCAACAGAUAUCCGUUAGAUUAUAAAACUUAAACUUAAUUGCCCACAUCGCCAUUUUAAAUAAAUAUCUCUAAUAUGUAAAU